AUCACAAUAACUUGAAUUUGGAGUACAUACGUUGUUUGAUUUUUCUUUACUGUAAUUGGCGUGUAUGGCCCAAAACUACAAUUAAUUUCCAAUAGAGUUACAUAGAAAUACGGGACACAAUUUUCUCGAGACAAAAGCAAAUAUCUUAUCUUUUAAGGAACAUGCUUAUUUGUGGACCGUAUACCUGAAGUGUUGUUCAUACUGCCUCUAAACGUAUUGAUUUCAAUUUAUUUGAACUUCUAGUUCCCUAGGUAACUGCAUUUUACUGAUACUAGUACAUGUACGCUACAUUGAAAGAGUUAAACAGUCGAAUGAGUAUACUUCAAAAUUAAAAACUGAGACAAAAGUAUCCUUUGUAUGUCCACUCUAAGUAGGCCUAUCAUCAUUGCCUAAAACAAGUAGAAAAUAUGUCCAUGAUAAAUAAUAUUGAUACUUUAUGUGAAUGAUACUGCACUGUUAAUGUUUGAAUGUGUUUGAAAGUUUUCAUUGUUUACAAUACACCAACCUAAUUCUAAAAAUAAAGACGUGCUUUAUUAAUAGGCAUACAUCAUCAGAAAGAAUGCUACAAGUACAAAUAUUUACAUCCUGAAUAGACAAAAAUGACUUAAGGAUCACUAUUGACUAGUAUUUGUUUUGUCUGUUUACCGGGACAGCGACAUUUUAAUACAUUUUUCAUAGCUAAUCAUGAAAUAUUCAAAAAGGUGCCAAAACAGCAAGAUGAAAAGGUUUAAAACCUUUGUUAAAAGCUUUUGUAGACAUAACACUAGCCUACAGACGAUCCAGGAACCUAAGCCUGUCUCUGUUUUCUUCUAAGUACUUAUUGAUUAUACAUAAAUGUAAAAGCUACCCAUGGAUUAUGAAGAAAUAAAACUGAAUGCGUGAUUCAAGUGUCUAACGUGGUUACUGAGCAGUGUUCCAGAAAGGGUGACUGUGCAUAAUAUUCUAGACAUAAUGACUGAGCACGCGUUCCAGACAAGGUGACUGAGCAGUGUUCCAGAAGGAUGACUGAGCAUAGUGGUCAAGGAAAGGUGUCUAUACGUAGUGUUUCCGACAAACUGACAGGGAGCAUAAUAUUCCAGACAGGGUGGCUAAGCACAGUGUUCCCGAAAGCCUAAUUUAGCAUAAUGUUCCAGACAGGGUGACUAAGCAUAGUGUUCCAGACAGGGUGACUGAGUGGUGUGUACUGGAAGGGGUUGAUGAUCAUUGUGUUCUGGUAAAGGUGACUAGGCAGUGUUUCAGAAAGGAUGAAUUAACAUUGUGUUCCAGAAGGGGUUGCUGAGCAUAGUGGCCUGGAAGGGGUGACUGGAGUAAAGUGUUCUGAAAGAAUUGACUAAACAUAGUGAUCAGGUAAAGGUGACUAAGAAUAGUGUUCAGGUAAGGGUGACUGAGCAUAGUGUUCUGGAAAAAAUGACUGAGUAGUGUUCUAGAAAAUGUGUAUGGGCAUGGUGUUCCAGACAAGUGUUCCGGAAAGGGUGACUGAGCAAUGUGUUUAACAAAGGGUGACUUUGCAGUGUUCCGGAAAGGGUGACUCAGCAUAGUGUUCAGGUAGGGAUGACAUGAGUAUAGUGUUCUGGAAGGGGUAACUCAGAAUAGUGUUCCGAUAGGGUUGACUUGAAUAAAGUGUUCUGGAAAGUGUGAAUGAUCAAAUUUUUCUGGAAAGGGUGACUGAGCAAAGUGUUCAGGAAAAGGUGACUGAGCAUAAUGUUCAGGAAAGGGUGACUGAGCAUAGUGUUCUAGAAGGGGUGGCUUUAGUGUAGUGUUCAGGAAAUGGUAGCUAAGCUUAGUGUUCUAGAAACGGUGACCGAGCAUAGUGUUCAGUAAAGGAUCACUGAGCAGUGUUCAGUAAAGGAUGACUGAGAAAAUCUUGGAAAGUGUGACUGAGCAGUGUACUGGAAAAUGUGACUGAGCAAAGACUUCAGGAAAGGUUUCUUAGCAUAGCGUUUUGGAAAUGUUAACUUAGCAUAGUGUUUCGGAAAGGGUUUUUGAACAUAGUGUUUAGUAAAGGAUGACUGAGCAGGGUUCCGGAAAUUGUGACUUGGCAAAUUCUGGAAAGUUUGACUAAGCAUAGUGUUUUGGAAAGGGUGACUGAGCAAAGUGUUCCAGAAAGGAUGACUGAGCAGUGCUCCGGAAAGUGCGACUGAGCAUAGUGUUCCAGAAAGGGUGACUGAGUAAAGUGUUCCGGGAAAGACUUAUUGAGCAGUGUUCCAGAAAUGAUGACUAAGCAUAGUAUUCUUAAAAGUGUGACUGAGCAUAGUAAACAGGAAAGGAUGAGUGCGCAGUGUUUUGGAAAGUGUAACUGAGCAUAGUGUACAGGAAAGGAUGAGGGCGCAGUGUUCUGGUAAUGCUGUCUAGGCAUAAUGUUCCAAAAAGGAUGACUGAGCGGUGUUCUGGAAAUGUGACUUAGCAUAGUGUUCCAGAAAGUGUGACUGAGCUUAGUAUUCAAGAAAGGGUAACUGAGCAUAGUGUUAUGAAAAGGGUGACUGAGCAGUGUUCUUGAAAGGAUGACGGAGCAUACUGUUCCGGUAGGGAUGACUUGAGUAUAGUGUUCUGGAAGAGGUGACUGAUCAUAGUGUUCUGAAAAGAGUGACUAAGCAUUGUGUUCCGAUAGGGGUGACUUAAGUAUAGUGUUCUUGAAAGGGUGACUGAGCAUUGUGUUCCGGGAAGGGUGUCAGGGCAUAGUGUUCCAGAAAGGAUGAAUGAGCGGUGUUCCGGAAAUGUGACUGAGCAUAGUAUUCCAGAAAGUGUGACUGAGCAUAGUGUCCAAGAAAUGGUAACUGAGCCUAGUGUUGUGAAAAGGGUGACUGGGCAGUGUUCCGGAAAGGGUGACUGAGCAUAUUGUUCCGGUAGGGGUAACUUGAGUAUAGUGUUCCGGAAGGACUGUCUGACCACAGUGUUCCGGAAAGGGUGACUGAGCAUAGUGUUCAGGAAAGUGUGACGGAGCAUUGUGUUCCGGUAGGGGUGACUUGAAUAUAGUGUUCUGGAAGGUGUGACUGAUCACAGUGUUCAGAAAAGAGUGAUUGAGCAUUGUGUUCCAGAAAGGAUAAUUGAGCAAUGUUAAAGGUUGAUUGAACAUAAUAUUCCGGACAGGGUGACCAAGCAAAGUGUUCCUGACUGGGUGACUGAACAUAGUGCUCUGCAAAAAUUAGUGAUCAGACGGAACAAGCCCGACUGUUAGAUUAUAUCCGAGGAGUAGACGAUAGAAGAAAGAAAUACACAACAAGUGCAAAUCGACCAUACGAAACAGGUAACAGUUCCCCUGCAGUCACCAAAAGCUGUUCAAUGCUCAUCCCCGCAAGUAAUCUUUGCUAGAAAAACUGAUGGAAAAGAUCUUUAAUUACUCAAGGCCUUGUGUAUCUUCGACGUGUACCAGGCUCGUUCGCGGAGGAUCUUAUACAGUUCUUGAAGGAGUAUUUUUUCAUUGUUGUGUAGAGAUCGAAUAGACUCACGUCAAUGAAAUAUACGCGUAAGCUGGAGAAAUUAAGAAGUUGACGUAUUUUACACAUAUACAGCCCAUUCAUUACCUGUGCACUGACUAUUGAAAAACACAAACAAUGGAAAAUACCUCCUCAUUAACUUCUAUUGCAAACACAAUUAUAGAUAAAGGUGAAUUCCCUACAAAAUUUAAACAAGCUGUGACCCCUAUUUCUAAAAAAGAUGAUCCUUUCGUUGAAAAGAAAACUACAGACCCGUCAGCAUCCUACCCACACUUUCAAAUUUGAAUGAAAGAUUAUAAUAAUAAGUAACCCACUCAACGAACAAUUCAGCUUCGUUUCUCCACUUCUUCUAUUUUAUUAAAUUUUGGCCAAUGUUAAAGCAGCAUGCCUCCAGAUCGUUCGACAAAAAUUUUUUUUUUUAGAUAUCUUGAAAUAAAUGCUAUAUUUCUUAAGAAGGUUUUAAAACUUAAUUACUGACAAACUUUAUGUUACGGAAACACAUGAGAAUUUGCUGUUUUUACUACUUUUUACGAUGAAAAUCGAAAAGCGUUUGUUACGCUUUUACUUCAGGUAAGCUGUCUCGAUUAUCAAUAUCUAUAUUUUGAAGUCAUUAUUCACUACUUCAGCUAUAGCGCUAUUAGUUAUGACGACGGGAAAAUGUUUUUAUUACCGCGGCGGUCCGAUGUUCGAUUCCCGGCGCUGUCAUACUUUUUUUCUUGAUUUGGAACUUUUAAAACAUUUUAGAAACAAAAAUUCAUAUUUUAAUGUUCAUAAUAUGACCACACUUCAUUUUGAAAGAAAAAUUAUUUUUUAGCCACAUCUGGAGGCAUGCUGCUUUAAAAAAAAACUUACAAAAGCUCCCACUGUAGUUUACAAUCCCUUUUAUUGUGUGUUUAUCUGUAACAUUAUAUACGAUCAUUGCACAAGUUAAUAUCGAGUUUCUUUAUUUGUGUAUUUUAAACCCUCUUUCAAAGGUAUGAAUAAAAUAUUGGAGCGUGUGUAUGAUACUUAGAUAUUUCAUAUACAGACGUAGUUAAACUGCGUGUCUUAACUGUUAUUGAACGGAAGCUAUGCAGGUCGGAGGGAAGACAGUUUCUGACAAUUUUUCAUGUUUUCUUUGCAAAGAUCAUGGAAAACAUACACCUGCUGUCGGCUUUUGCAUUCAGUGUGAUGAUUUUAUUUGUCAUAAGUGCUUUGAUAAUCAUAAAAAAUGGAAGGUCGCAAGAAAGCAUAUCCUUGAAAGCAGCGACAACAAAACGAAAGGAAAAAUUGAAUGUAGCGAUGACUUCGACGUAUGUGCUAAACAUGACAACGAAACCAUAAAGUUUUAUUGUCCAUCUCACGAACUUGUUGGAUGUGGUGACUGCAUGAUUUUAGAACACAAAUCAUGUUCAGUGGAGUACGUACGUGAUAAAGCGAAAGUAUUCAAAGACAGUCAAGACUUUAAGCGACUAGUUGAAGGGAUCAGCGAAAGACUAGAAGAAGUAAACUUGCUUGAAUCCUCUGUCAAACUAAAUAAGACCCAAAUUAAAGACAUAAAUGACAAGUUCAUUGAGGAUGUGGAGACAUUUAAAGACGAAAUCAUUUCGAAUGUUAAGAAGCAAUCGGAUGAAAUGAUUAAAGAGGCAGAAAUAAUAAAAGUGGAGAACACGAAACAAAUGGAUGUUCUAGAGGAAGAAUGUGGACGUGUUUCAAAAGACUUAGCUUCACUGACACAGACAAUACAUAUGCUAACUGAUAAACCCAAUAAGUUGUUUGUAAGUUCCUUACAACUUAAGAAAACAAUGAAAGAUAUUCAAGAUCAACUGGAAGAAAUGAAAGAAAAGAAUGUAAUUGAAAAUUAUCACUUCAAACGAGACGGUCAGAUAGAAUGCACAAAGCACGGAAGUUUGCAUAAAGAUGACAGAUCAGGUGAAAAAGAGGCAUGCAAGAAUGUGCAAGAAGCAGACGCUAUGGAAAAUACACCGAUAGCAUACAUGCCAGAACAACGAGACUAUAUAGCAUGUGGGAAUUGCUCUUUGGAACUGGAUUACACUAAAGAAAUUUCUCGGCAUUCAGAGCAUUGGUUCUUAUGUGAGGGAUGUUGUUCUAGAGUCCAUGUGCAGUGCAUCUAUGACAAUUCCUGUCCAAUCUGCGGAACCCACGUCUCUUUAUCAAUUAAUUAAUGAAUUUAAUUUUAAGAAUAUGAAUGUCGAAAUUGUUGCAUUAAAAGGCAGUAGACCUAAAAUGAUAUAUUUCAACAGCCCCAGUGAAAAUUGCUUUUGAUCAAGUGCAUGUAAACGGUACUUGACGUAGAACUAAAACUGGUAAAUUCUCGGUCAGGUUUAUAUAUAUAUAUAUAUUAUAUAUUAUUCAAUUUACAGGUAUUUAUUGUGGCGAACUUUGAAAACAUUUACCAUAACUAAAUAUAUGUGAAAUGUUUUACAUGUUAUUACUUUAAAUAUAAUUCAUGAAAUUAAUAUAUAUUGCAGAAUUAUCUCAAGUGCUUCUCAAAAACAAACAUUCCAAUGUUUCUAGCAUAAUAUUGCUAUCUAUUAAUUAACAUGUGAUAAAAUGUAUUACAUUUGUGAUUUCCCAUAUGGAAUACAUAAAUUCAUUGAAUAAAACCGAUAUCCUCGCAUUUUGUUAAUCUAUUCAUUGACAACUUUAAAGUAUAUAA